AUGGUCCAUGGGCGCUUUCUGAUUUCUCCGGCAGAGAGCAGGGAGAGAUUUUUACCUAACAAGCAAAACUGGCAUGAGUGCCAUAAGACAGCCAGGGUGACAGUUGGACUGGGUGUACAAAAGGGUUCUGGUGCCUUGAGUGAGAAGAAGAGCUCAGGAGACUGGGUGGGUUCCUCCAGGAGAGGAGAUAUGCCAGGAGGGGACACCAUGGGAUGUGUCAUACCUGCCUCCCAGGCUCUGUGGCUUGGCAGAAAGGAAGAGAGAAAGCAGGAAGCCUCGGAGUGCUUGGCAGGGCAGAUGGAGAAGGCAGCUCCUGACGCCCAGCAUCUUGCAGACAUGUGGCAGGAGCCUGGAGGUGAAACCCCAAUGGGAAGCAUUGCAGAGAACCUUCUUAAAGCCCAAGAAAUAGCCCUCAAUGAUCCUCGUGUACCUGAACAACUCAAGAAUUACUUACAGAAAGCUCUUCUUGUUGCCCUUGGACUGGACCCUUAUUUGGUUGCAAUGGCAACUUCAAAGAGAAAAGUGUCACCUGCCCAUGGCUCAAGGGAUGCUGGAGGAACCAAAGCCAGAGUUAAGCCACUCCAAGAGGACACUUCAGGCUGUUUGAAUGGCAAGUUGAUCAAACAAAAUGAUAAAAUGGCUCCCAGCCACAUUUUUAGGAUGUUUAUUCAUCUGAUCAGAGCCAGGAAGAUUUUAUUAAUUGGCAAGCUUAAAGGUUACAGUAUCCUUGCUAUCGCAGAAGAAUUGCCAGAUGAUGGCAAAAUCUUUGCAUGUGCAGAAGUGCCGUAUCUCGGAGUGAACAGCCAAGAAGCAUUUGAUUAUUCUUCAGAUGGUGAAAAGAUAAGCAUGCGAGUGGGACCGAUAGCAGACACGUUGGAGGCAUUACAUGCUGAGGAUGAGCACUUUGAUAUAGUCUUUAUUGAUGCUGAUCAAAGGAACGCUGUUAACUACUACAGCUUUGUCAUGGAUAACCACUUGCUGAGAAUGGAUGGAGUGAUCUGUGUAGAGAAUACACUCAUGAAAGGACAAGUCUACCUGGAGAACAUAUCUGAGGAAAAUGUACUAGCUGUCAGAAAAUUAAAUGCAGUGAUUAAUUCAGAUCCUCGUGUUGAGCAGAUAAUUUUACCUGUGCAAAGCGGGCUGAGCGUCAUUCGAAGGAUCCCUGUACCACCAGAUGCAGUGAUUGAAUCAAAGGUGUUGAUAAGGGAUGAUGUUUUCUGGGGUUAUAACAAGAACCGCAUCCUUGACCGGCUGCGUUUGGAUGACAAGGUGGCUUACGUCACUGGCGGUGGGCAGGGAAUCGGGAGGGCCUUUGCUCACGCGCUGGGAGAAGCUGGUGCUAAAGUGGCUGUGGUGGACCUGGUCCUCGCAAAGGCAGAAGCAGUGGUGUGUGAGCUCAACCUCAAAGGGAUUAAAAGCAUUGCCCUUGCAGCAGAUGUGAGCAAACCUGAGGAUGUGCAAAGGAUUGUUGAUACCAUUGUAGCUCGAUGGGGUACGAUCGACAUUGCAUGCAACAAUGCUGGAAUCAAUAUGAAUUCUGCCAGUGAAGAUACUUCACUAGAAGAAUGGGACAAAACUUUCAAUGUCAAUUUACGAGGACUAUUUUUGUGCUGCCAAGCUGCAGGCCGCAUUAUGCUGAAUCAAGGAUAUGGGAAGAUAAUUAACACAGCAUCUAUGGCAAGUUUAAUAGUUCCACACCCGCAGAAGCAGUUGGCGUAUAAUGCCUCCAAAGCCGGGGUCGUAAAAUUAACACAGACGUUAGGAACGGAGUGGAUUGACAGGGGAGUAAAAGUCAACUGCAUUUCCCCAGGCAUCGUGGACACGCCGCUCAUCCACUCCCCGGAGCUGCAGCCAUUGGUGCAGCGCUGGUUGGCAGACAUCCCUGCUGCCAGGCUGGCACGGGUCACCGACCUGCAGGCUGCCGUUGUCUACUUGGCCUCCGAAGCUUCAGACUACAUGACGGGUCACAACCUGGUCAUUGAGGGUGGCCAGAGCCUGUGGUGA